AUGACCACUGUCAACGAUGGCCUCAAUAUCGCCUUGAUAGGUAUGGCUACUGGGCUGUAUCUCCGACCAGAAUAUGCCAUCUUCGGCUCUCAAAUUGCGACCGGCGCUAUCCUCUUGGUAAUUAUCACGGCGCUGAAACUGACCUAUCGUCUGGGAUUUUACCCGGAAUACUUCAGCCCGCUAAAACAUAUCCAUUCACCUCCGAAUCGACACUGGUUGAAAGGAAACACAAGCUCCUACUUUCUGGAAGCCCCCUUUGAACAUAUGCGGGAAUGGGUCAAGAAAUUGCCAAAUGAUGAUCUCAUUCGAUUUUAUGUCGUCGGUAACCUCGAGAGACUCUUCUUGACAAGCCCAAAAUCGUUGGGCGAGCUCCUCGUAACCAAGAAUUAUGAUUUCGAAAAGCCAGAAAUGAUUCGAGAGAGCUUGCGACGCAUCACUGGCGAUGGUGUACUCCUUGCUGAGGGUGAUGAGCACAAGACACAACGAAAGAACCUCAUGCCAGCCUUUGCAUACCGCCAUAUCAAGAACCUAUACCCAGUAUUCUGGGCCAAGAGCAUCGAAAUGGUGAAAAUGAUCGAACAAGACCUGAAUGCCAGACCCUCGACUAGCGACAACGUCGUUCAAGUCAGCAACUGGGCCAGCCGAGCAACACUCGACAUAAUCGGCAUAGCAGGCAUGGAUCACGAUUUCGACUCUCUCCAAGACCCAGACAAUACUCUUAACAAGUCCUACAGACAGAUCAUGCUCACCCCACCCACCUGGUUAAGACUCGUGUUCGUGUUCAGCUUCCUCAUCGGCUACCCAGGUCUGUCCCGCAGAUUCCCUUCGAACUGGAAUACCGAGAUCAUGAAGAGCGGCGAAGUGAUCCGCAGCGUGGCCCGCCAAAUGAUCCGUCAGAAGAAAGCGAAAAUGGAAGACCCAGCAGCUGAAACCGGAAUUGAUAUCGUCUCUGUCGCGCUAAGCAGUGGAACCUUUGACGAGGAGAACCUUGUCGACCAAUGCAUGACAUUCCUCGGCGCAGGCCACGAAACAACAGCCUCAGCUCUCCAAUGGGCCGUAUAUGCUCUCUGCAAAAACCCAGAAAUGCAAACCCGCCUUCGCGAAGAAGUCCGCGCCAACCUCCCGUCCCUGAGCGACGAAACACCCAUCACGGCAGCUCAAAUCGAUAACCUGCCUUACUUGAACGCAGUUUGCAACGAAGUUCUCCGUUUCCACCCCUCCGUUCCAGCCACAAUUCGAAUGUCAGUUCGCGAUACCAGUAUUUGUGGUAAGAAUAUUCCAAAAGGAACAUUGUUCAGUAUCUCUCCACAGAUCGUGAACCGUAUGGAAGAGUUCUGGGGACCGGAUGCGGAUGAAUUCAACCCGGAUCGCUUUAUGGGUCCUGGAAAAGCGAACACCGGCGGUGCUGUUAGUAAUUAUGCCUUCUUAACCUUCUUACAUGGCCCGCGCAGUUGUAUUGGUCAGGGCUUUGCGAAGGCUGAGCUGGCUUGUUUGCUUGCCGCUACUGUUGGUCGGUUCCAGAUGGAGUUGAAGAACCCCGAUGCUAAGUUGGAGCUUCGCCAGGCGGCAACUGUUUCGCCGAAAGAUGGAGUUCUUGCUAAGUUUACGUUGUUGGAGGGGUGGUAG